AUGCUAGAUCAACCCUGUAGUAAUGAGCGCAUUCUAGGAUCAUGGGUUCGAGAGAUCUAUCGCCUCUUAGAUAAACGCGGUUCCUUUGAGUACAUUUUCUUCGACCGUCGACUCAGCCAUGCUGGGCCGCUUGCCAGGGCACUGGAGCCGUUCUUCUACGAGGAAACCCAAUUCAGUUUUUGUGAUCAUCCUCAAAACCAGCAGUCUGAAAUUACCGGACGAGAUAAUUGUACUCUCUGUCAGAAUACUGCAACUACCGAGCCUGUUACUGCAGCCCGGUUUCUCGAGCUCCUUGCCAAUCAGGGAUUCACCAUAGAGAAAAAUAUGACUCUCAUGUUUCCUAUUUCCCUUCUCUCCACCUUCUUCACACAAGAUGGGCAGCGCGUUCGAGAGGAUAGAGGAAUUUCCGAACUCGAUGAACUGGAAACGGCUCCGGCGCUGGUUUCGCUCAUGGAGAAGAUUCACGAGGAGUGUAGAGUGUCCCAAACCGCGUGGAAGUGCAUCAUCGGCUGCGCGGUGAAAACAUAG